AUGUCAUUGUCUCCUACUUCUGCACAUUGUUCAGCAUCUGAAAAUGCGUGCAAGAUUUCAUCAGGACAAGUCAAUCAGGUACGACCAAAGCUGCCAUUGCUGAAGAUUUUGCAGGCUGCAGGUGCACAAGGUGAAAUGUUCACGAUGAAAGAGGUCAUGCAUUAUCUAGGUCAGUAUAUAAUGGUGAAGCAGCUUUAUGAUCAGCAAGAACAGCACAUGGUAUAUUGUGGUGGAGAUCUUCUAGGAGAGCUGCUAGGUCUUCAGAGCUUUUCUGUGAAAGAUCCAAGCCCCCUUUAUGACAUGCUAAGAAAAAACCUGGUUACUGCAACUGUUACAGAUGCUGCACAGACUCUCGCUCUCGCACAGGAUCAGAGUAUGGAUAUUCCAAGCCAAGAUCAACUGAAGCAAGGUGCAGAGGGAAGUUUUAGCACCAGGAAUGGAACUGAAGAAGGUGAUGAUCCUGCUUUGUCUACCUCACAGCGCAAAUGCAGAAAUCCAAGAGAAGAUGAAGACCUGAUAGAAAAUUUAGUUCCCAACAAGUCACCUAGGCUGGACCUCAUGUUUGAGGAAUGGGAUGUAGCUGGCCUGCCUUGGUGGUUCUUGGGAAACUUGAGAAACAAUUACACACCUAGAAGUAAUGGCUCAACCGACUUACAGACAAAUCAGGAUAUAGAUACUGCUAUUGUUUCAGACACUACGGAUGACUUGUGGUUCUUGAAUGAGUCAAACUCAGAGCAGCUAAAUGUUGCUGUAAAAGUUGAAGCUACUGAUACAGAACAAGCAAGUGAAGGAGGGAAAGAGGGUGACAAAAAGUUGAUUGAAGUUAGGAUUUUUGAUGACCUUGAAGACUCUCAGUGCUUAAGUGAUGACACAGAUACAGAAAUUAACUCUGAGGAUGAAUGGCAGUGCACCAAAUGCAAGAAGUUUAAUUCUCCAAGCAAAAGGUACUGUUUCCGAUGUUGGGCAUUGAGAAAAGAUUGGUAUUCAGAUUGCCCUAAGCUGUCACAUUCUCUUUCUGUGUCCAACAUCACUGCCAUGCCAACAAAGAAAGAUGACCAAGGAAUUGAUGUCCCCGAUUGCCGAAGAACCAUCUCUGACCCACUUGUCCGACCCAAAGAGGCAUAUAAGAUGGAAGAAAAGCCCAAACUACUGGACCCUUGUAGCUCAGUGGAAUUCUUGGAUUUGGCCCAGAGUUCUGAAAGCCAGGAGACUGUUUCGAGCUUAGGGGAACAGUCAGACAACCUUUAUGAACAGAAAACAGAUGCAAUGGCUAUGGAAGAUUACAAAAAUCUUUUUAAGCCAUGCAAACUGUGUGAGAAGAGGCCACGGGAUGGGAACAUUAUACAUGGAAGGACUGCUCACCUAGUGGUUUGUUUUCGCUGUGCCAAAAGAUUGAAGAAGACUCAGGCUCCAUGUCCCAUUUGUAAGAAAUCAAUUCAGAUGGUCAUCAAAAUCUUUGUGGCAUAGCUUUUUAGUCCACUGAAUUUUAUAGACCUGAUAAACAGCUAUAUCAGGAUUCUGAACAUCAGUUAGCGGCAAAAGCAUCUCACCUUUGGUAAGAGUGUGGUUUCAUGUACCCCUCUUAUUUGUGCACCA